AACAAACGAUUUACGGGACAUGGGAAGCUUCCUUCCUGGGCAGGUGUGUGUGAGUGGCAAUUAGUGGGCCCGUCUUCACCAGCAGCAGAUAAUAAUCCUGUGGGCUCUAUGAGGUGAACUUGCAGCAAGACUUGCUAUAAACACCACACCGCCACCGUAAGCAUUGGCGAAACUCCCGACCAAAAUGGCUUCUCACAACUUGGCUGUUUGCCGCCUCUGCUUCCUCUUCCUCCUCGUGUCCACCACGACCCUCUCCUCCGCCGCCUCUGACCCCUCCUCCCUCUGCACCAUCCGCCCGUCCCAUGCCCCCGAACGCAUCCCGGCCGGCGAUGAGGAGGCGCUCCCGCUCCUGCGCUCCUUGGAGCUCAGCGCCGCCUACUUCUUCGGAGGCGAAGACAUCCACUUCACGAAAGACGAGAGCAACGCCACGUCCUACUCCUACGUCGCCCGCGCCUUCUCCUUGCUCCCUCUCCAUGUCGAUCGCACCACCGACCCCGCCCUCUUCCACGUCGCCGCCACCUUAACCCUUUCCGGCGGCCGCGACCUUGAAUACAUCGAUUUGGGAGGCGGCCGGCGGCGCUACGUGGGUAGUCACACCGUCACCUUCUACCUGCACGGCUACUACUCCGCCGACUCCGCGGAGCUUUGCAUGGCCGGCUCAGGCUCCUACCGCGAGGACGACGGCUCCAACGCGCGCCUCCUCGGCGUCGCCCUCCACCUCCUCGUCCCCAACCCGGCCAGCAUCCUGGACCCCUUCGUCACCGGCCGCCUCAGGGGCGCCGGCUUCAAGACCAUCUCCCUCGUCGCGUACGCCGAGGGCGACUACACCUACGGGGGCGGCGGCCAGAGCAGCGCCUCCUGCCCGCCGCGGCAGCCGUCUGCUGCUGCCCCGAGGCGCGGCGGCGACGACUUCUCCUGCGCGCACCUCCAGGGGCAGCUCGUGGGCCCGUACAAGCUGCAGCACGGCGGCGCGUCCACGUCGAGCUCCGGCACCGGCGCCCCUCCGCCGCUUCUAGAUCCGCGGCUGCGGGCGCCGAGCAUGCACGUCGGCCAGGUGCAGUGCGCCGCGGACGGCGCCGUGCGCGCGUACGCGGCGUUCUCCAACGGCACGGACACGGAGCGGCGGAGCAGGAGGCGGCGGCUUCAGCCAAGAGGGCGGCGCCCACCCUUCGUGGUCGGGGACGAGGUGGUCGUCGCCGAAGGGCGCUGGGAUGCAGCUCGGCGCAUGCUCUGCCUCCGGGCGUGCCGCGUGGUGCGCUCGGAGUCGGAGAUGUCCGUGGCGGUGGACAAGGGGUGCGGCCUCGGCAUGAGCUUCUGGUUCCCGGGAGUCUGGACGAUCCGGGACCGGAGCGCCGUCGCCGGCGCGCUCUGGAACUCGACCCUGGCGGCGGCUGGCGGCACCAACGACGGCGGCUCCGGCGUGAUACCGGUGUCCAGCGCCGGCGUCCACAUCCAUAGGAGUAACUUCUCAGACUUGAAGUACAGCUACAACGACACGUUGGUUGAGGCGGCGAGGAAGCGCUAUCUCACCUCUGAGUUGAGCACUUCCAAGAUGGCCAUCAGCGGGUCGUUCAUGCCCCCGAACUACACUCGCCAUGACUUCGAGUUCAGAUUCUACGACACCAAAGACAGUGGGCAUGGAGACGCCUACCCGGUCGCCAUCGGCUCGACGAUCGUCUACGGCGAUCAGCUGGUGGCCGACGAUUCCUUCUCCCGGGACGCCGUGGUGGACCUGGAGAAGCACGAGCUGCUGCGCGUGAGCUACGAGAUCAGUAUACAUCAAGUCAUCCGACUCAAGAACCGGACGCGCCAUGAUCGAAACGCCUCGCCCAUCUCCAUUGAAGAGCGCAAGCUGACGGCGGAAGGUGUCUUCGAUCCCAAGACGGGCAUCCUGUGCAUGAUUGCCUGCCAAGAGCGCAACGGCUCGACGGACUGCGAGAUCCUGAUCACCGUCCACUUGGCCUCGCUGGACGCAACGGCACGCGCCCAUGGAAGGGGAGCGAUCAGCAGUCUCAGGAACAAGACGGCGGACCCUCUCUUCUUCGAGAAGAUCGAGAUCGUCCUGUACGGGAUGUACAGAGGCCAGGUGGCCGAGUCGGUCUCGAGGAUGGACCUAGAGAGCAUCAUGCUGGUGAUAUCCACGACGCUGCCGUGCGUCUUCGCCGUCCUGCAGAUCUUCCACGUCAGGAGGAGGCCAGAGGCAGCCGCCGGCACGUCGAUCACCAUGCUCGUCGUCCUGGCGCUGGGGCACGUCGCCCCCCUGGUGGUCGGCUCCGAGGCGCUGUUCCUGAGCAGGAGGAGGCACUACGCCCCAUUCCCGUUCGACAGCUACCUGCCGUACGAGCUGAGCCAGGCGAUGAUGAGGGCGCCCACCCUGAUCGCCCUGCUGCUGCAGCUGCGCCUCAUCCAGCUGGCCUGGUCGGCGCGGAGGAAGACGCCCGACGAUGCCGGCCGGGGCGCGGCCGCCGCCGAGAGGCGCGCGCUCUGGCUGUGCGUGCCGGUGUACCUGGCCGGCGGGGCGCUGACCGUCGUGGCCCACGCGAUGAGCGCCCGCUGCGAAGACUGCUCCCUCACCGUCCGCCUCGACCCGGAGCCGGCGACGCUGUGGGAGGACCUCGUGUCGUCCGCGGGGCUGGCGCUCGACGCGUUCCUGCUCCCGCAGGUCGCCAUGAACGCGCUCGCCGGCCCGGCCGCCGGCGCCGGCAGGGUCCGGGCCCUCUCGCCGUGGUUCUACGCCGGCGGCACCGUUGUCCGGGCGCUGCCGCACGUGUACGACGUCGUCAGGGCCCGGGGCUACGUGCCGAGCCUGAGGCCGUCCUACGUCUACGCGAGCCCCCGGUACGACCGCUACGGCGUCGGCUGGGACGUCGCCGUGCCGUGCGCGGCGGCGCUGCUGGCCGUGCUGCUCUACCUGCAGCAGCGGGUCCGUCGUCCGGCGGCGGCGCCGCCUCUGUUCCCUUCACGGAGGAGGCAGGGCGAGUACGAGCUGGUCUCUAAUCUUUAGCUCGAGGCCUUGCGCGAGCUCGACCCGUCACUGCUGCAGGUCAGGAGGGACGACCGGCCGGCCGCCGGUCUCGUGUGUCUGCUCCAAUGUCCAUCCAUCGUCGUCGUCGUUACCACUGCGGCACGGCGCAUUUCUCUGUCGCACCCGUAUCUCGUCAUGAAUCUGCGCUGGCCAGUGGAGCACUGGUCGCGAUGGCGCGUAAGAUAAUGUAUUUUAUUUUAUUUUAUUUUAUUUUAUUUUAUUUUAUUUCUCUCGAAUAGCAGCUUCGUAAUGAGAAUCUCAAUGGUUGACGUUUACUUUGAAAAGCUAGCAGUGGAUCGGUAGCUUGGAUUUUUCGCGCGAGCAUUGCUAGUCACUCUCGUGGGUGCCAUAAUUUUUUCGUCCCACGCUUACCUUUCCUGUCUUCCCUGGCUGGACAGAGGUGUUAGUAGUGUACUGGUCUUCCUUGAAUUUUCAAACCCUUCUAGCAGCUCUCGGUCUCAUCAUGGGAGACUCUUCAA